CCGUAGCUCAGAUUUGAUUUAUAAUCAAUAUAGUAAUUAAUAUAAGAAAUGAAUUGCGAAGGGAUAAAUAAAUAAAGUUUGUUUGGAGUGAAAAAAUAAUUUUCAAGAAAUUUUACAACAAAUAAAUAAACAAUUGACGAACUUUAGAAGAAUAUAUUGUAAAAAAAUGCAAAAUAUAGAAAUUAUUAAUCGCGUCAUUAAACCAAUAAAAAAAGUUCAAGUCACUUAAGCCACAACGGUAAAACAUAAGAUCUUUUUUGUUCUCGUAAUAUACUGUAUGAGUAAUAUAAUGCAUGUUAAUAUUCUGAGUAAAAAAGAAAAUUCUUUCUACAAUGAUGCUAAUUUGAAUAAAACAAUAUUUAGAUUUACAUCAAUCACACUUUCCAUAUAAUGAUACUUAUAGUCGUAGUAAAAAUAAUGCUAAUCCCAACAGUACACAAAUUAUUAAAUUACGUAUCAUUUCUCCAAAUGGCGAAAUACCACGCAAAAAAUGGUCGCCUUAAAGCCGAAGAUGUUAACGCUUAAUAUUUUUUCCAAUGCUAACUUGGCUAAUAACAACAUCAUUCAUGCGAUUGAAAGGAGAAAUUAUUUAUGAUAAGCUUGUUGUAUUCGUCCUAUAUUUGAAGUAUCGAUGCAUUAUUUCAAUUAUCAUCUUGCAUACUUGUUAUAUACACAUAUACUACAUAUAUAAAACGGCGCUCUUCGCUCUUCCGAUCCAAAGUUACAUUUAUGCAUGUGUUGUUGUGUAUGAAUUAAUCCUUAUAAUUACAUAUAACAAAACUUUGGCACGUUUUCGCAUCAUUUUUUUUAAUCUUUUUUGCCCAAACUUUAUCUUCGACAAAUAAUAAUAAUUGUUCUAAAUUGAUUAUUAAUUAUUUUUUUCGGGUUUU